AUGUCAGCCCCGAAGUUGCGCGUCGGUAUCGCCGGUCUUGGCCGAAUGGGUCAACGACAUGCAUUGAACUACCAAGUUUUUACCCCUCGUGCCGAAGUGGUAGCAGCAAGCUCUCCUGACCUCAACGAGCACCAGUGGGCAGUAGACAACCUCACAAGUGCAAGAAUUUAUGAAGAUUACUAUGAAAUGCUCGAAAAAGAGAACUUGGAUGCUAUAGUCGUUGCUGGUAUUACUGCAGUCCACGCAGAUCAUACUAUUGCCGCUAUCAAGAAGGGACUGCAUGUCAUGUGCGAGAAGCCUUUGUCUCUUGACAUCAAGAUUGCUCAAUCCGUUCUCGACGCCUACAACACAUCUCUCAGAACACACCCCAACCAGAAAGUCAUGUGUGGUUUCUCGCGCCGCUUUGACGCUUCCUACCGCGAAGCCUAUGACAUGAUGGCCUCGGGCCAACACGGCCGACCAGUGGUCUUCAGAUCCCAGACCGCAGAUAUGCUCGACACUACCGGGAUGUUCGUGAAUUAUGCCAAGACAAGCGGUGGAAUCUUCCUCGACUGCUCCAUCCACGAUAUUGACCUGAUGCUAUGGUUCCUUGGGGAAAACACUCAUAUCAAAAGUCUGCAAGCUGUUGGAGUCACUGCCGUCCACACUGCGUUGGAUUCGAGCAAGGACCGUGAUAACGCGGUAGCUACGGUCGAGUUUGACGGCGGCAAGAUUGCUACCCUUUUCUGCUCGCGUAUGAUGGCUGCUGGGCAGGAAGAUACUACUGAGGUUAUCUGCGAGAAGGGCUCGUUGAGAGUCAAUAUGCAAGGCCGGAAAAACCACCUUGAGAUCCACGAUGGCCAGGGAGCCAGACGUGAUCUUCCUAAGCAUUAUUAUGAGCGUUUCAGAGAGGCUUUCCUUACGGAAGCUAAUGAGUUCACUGCUUGCUGCUUGGAUAACACGACUCCGCCAGUGUCCCUUUCAAGCUCAGUGAAGGCAGUUGUUAUUGGUUCGGCUUUGCAGAAGAGCUUGGUUACUGGUGAAAAGAUU